CCCAACCACUGUGCUCAGCCAAGAGGAGCAGCCACACAGAAAAAAAUUUUAAAUCAACUCAGCGCAGAGGAGGGAGGAAGAGAGGGGGAAAGAAAACGCCCUGGAAACUUGGUUGAUCGAGAAAUAGGAAAAGCGUGACAGAAUCCUUACAGACUGCAAAGUUGUGACUGGAAGAAGUGCUUUUCUUGGGCUGGGGAGAAGGGGACAGGACUUGUUUUCAAGGAUGCUCAAGCUGAUCUGAGGCUUCUUGAGCGCUCAGACUGCGCACAGAAGCCAAGAAUACAAGAACCACAGCAUCUGAAGGCCUUUGCCUUGCUUGAGCAAUCCAAGGAAACCCAAGAUAGAGUUUCGAACACAGGAGGGCUUAAAUAGAGUAAAGCAAAAACAAGAUGGCUGAAGAGGAGGAAACCAGAGAGGUGCUUUUUCCAGAUUGGGAGGGCCCAGACAAAACUGGCUUAACCAUUGAACAAAGUGGAGGAGAGAUCUUUGUUAAGGAGGUAAAAGGAGAGUCACCUGCAGCACGGUCUGGAAAAGUAUAUGAAGGUGACCAGAUUGUGGGUGCCACUGUCUACUUUGAUAACAUGAGCUCAGAAGAAACAGCUGAGCUACUGAAGACAUUGAACCGCCACAAGGUUGGACUGAAACUACAAAACAAAGGAGACAAAUCCCCUUGCUGCUCGCCCUUUAGCACACCAUGCCGUUCACCAAUCGGCACCCUGACAUGGGAAGGGAAGACCCGGUUUGGAGGUUCCAGUCCAGACAUCGUCCUUAGUGGGGAGGAUGAGGACUAUAAGAGAAUAUACAAAAAAAAGAUUAAACCAAGGCUGAAGUCUGAAGACCUUGCAGAGGGAGUAGAUGUUCGCACAGAGCGGCAUAGCAGCACAAGCAGCGAUGGCAGCACAAUUACUACUAUCACCCGCCGCAUCACUACUUACACCGUGGAUAUGCCCGGUGGCAUAAGUGAGCAACUUGAACUUUCAGGUCCAGAGUUCAAGGGCCUAAGGCAAGAAUCUGGAAAUGGCUCUCCACAUAUCAGAAUCUCACACGGCAGCCCUUCAGGUAAAGUGGGAGCAGAAGGGAGUUUUGAGUCAAGCAAUGUCUCUUACACUGGGCCCCAAGUUAGCUCCACAGAGACACGCUGGGGCAGUGGGGGAGUUCAGACCACAACAACUACAAGAGAGGUAGAAGGUCUCAGAUUUAAAGGGCCUAACUUUGGAGUAGCAGGAGGUAAAGAACAGGGAGGCUUUGAAAUCUCAAGAGGAAGGGGAGAGCAAGGUGAUAAAAUCAUUAAGGUGUCAGGAACAAGCACGGCACCAAGAGACAGCACAAACACUGGUAAUAGGCAUGUUACAGUAGGAGAGUUGGGAGGUGCAGAGAUAACUGGUGAGAAAAGAGGGUCAAUUGGUCUGUCUUUACCAGGAGAAAGCGUGCAUAUUUUGACUUCAUCCAUGACAAAAACACAGGAGGGAAGUGAGGAGACUAGUUUAGGUGAAAGGACAAAAGUGAAGAUAUCUGAAACUACCAUCAGUCCCUCACAGCCAAAGGGAUCAGGCAGUAUGGAUAUUCCAAAUGUCAGAAUUGGUGGAGGUUCCAUGGGUAUUGAUACUGAAUUGAAAGGAUGCAAGAUAGAAGGAUCAGCAAAAACAGUAGGCAAUGUAACCUCAAGAUAUACCUCUAGGCCAGGCAAGAUUUCAGUGGCAGGUAUGGAUGUCAACCUUACAGGUUCCUUGUUGAAAGACGAGGUUGAUAUCAACCUGCCAAGCACAAAGGGGGGAGUAAAAGCAGCUGGAAUAGACACUGAAGUUCCAAGCUAUGAAAAUGAGGGCACUGUGAGUGGCAUAAAAACAAUCAAGAUGCCUGUGUUUGGAACGAAAGAAAACAAGAAAGAUGGAACUAGUGUUGAAGUUAAACUUGGUGAUUCAGGUAUGUCUGUACCUGUGACAGAACUAGACAUCAAAGGGAAAGAUUUGCAGAUCAGAGGUCCUAGUGCUAACUCUGAAGGACCAGCUGUCAAUGUAAAACUUCCAGAGGCUGACUUCAAAGCACCUGAAAUUAAUUCUAGCAUUCAAACUAAAGUUCCCAAAAGUGAUAGUAAAUACAAAAUGAAAGUGUCUGAGGUUAAAAUGCCAUCUUUAUCUGGACCAGAUAUUGAUGCAACAGUGUCAAAGACUGAGGGAGAAGUUAAGGCACCUAAAAUAGACAUUAAAGGUCCAGCUAUCAAUAUUGAGGGGAAAGGAGAUUUAAAAACGCCUCAGAUAAAGAUACCAUCAUUUGGAACCAAGGGACCAAAAGUUGAUGUAAAAGCUCCUGAGGUUGACAUUAAAACACAAAUCGUUGAUGGUGGGGACUCUAAUGUAAAAAUUGAAGGAGUGACAAUCAAGAUGCCAUCCAAAACAGGACCCACAAUUCCAGAAUGGGAUAUCACUCUGAAAGGAAGUCAGGUCAAGGGAGAUGUGAAUGUGUCAGUUCCAAAGAUUGAGGGACACACAACAAAACCUGAAGUUGAGAUCAAAGGACCAGAAGUUGAUAUUGAAAGGUCUAGAGGAGGAUAUAAGAUGCCUGGGAUCAAAAUUAAAUCGUUUGGCUUAACAGAUCCUAAGGUGGAAGCUCCACAUGUUGAUACAAAGCCUACCAAAGCUGAAAUUGACGUUAGGAAAACUGAGUUUGACAUUAAAGCGUCCAAAGUUAAUGUUGAAACCCCAGAUGUGGACAUUAAAUCUCAAAAGUUGGAUACUGACAUUGAGGGACCAAAAGAUGGAUUCAACCAGUCUAAAUUUACAUUGCCAUCUAUUAAUUUGAAAGGUCCGAAACUCGAAGGGGAUUUGGCUGUGUCAAUACCAAAGAUUAAAGGAGAUAUGACAGUACCUGAUGUUGACAUCAAAGGUCCAAAGGUUGAUGUUGAAAAGCCAAUGGGUGGAAUUGACAUGCCGAAAAACAAAAUGCCAUCAUUUGGCAUCAAAGGUCCAAAGGCUGAAGGCCCAGAUGUUGAUAUUGACCUCUCAAAGGCUAACAUUGAUGUAAAAGCCCCUAAUGUUGACAUUCCAGGUCCAGGAUAUGAUAUCGAGGGACCCAAUACAACACUCGAAGGAGCCAAAUUCAACAUGCCAACCACAUCAGGACCAAAUGUAUCCACUCCAAAUGUGGAUGUAUCAGCUCCAAAGAUUAAAGGAGACCUUAAAACUCCUGAAGUUGGCAUCAAAGGUCCAGAGGUGAAUAUCAAAGAGCCAUCUAGUGGAUUUGACAUGCCUAAAAUCAAAAUGCCAUCAAUGUCAGGACCCAAACUGCCAGAUGUGGAUUUACAUCUUAAAGGUCCCAAAAUAAAGGGAGAUGCUGAUGUGUCAGUUCCAAAGAUUGAGGGUGACAUAAAAGCUCCAAAAGUCGAAAUUGAAGGACCUGAUGUUGACAUUGAUGGCCACAAAGAAGGAUUCAAAAUGCCAAAAAUCAAAAUGCCAUCAUUUGGCAUCAAAGAUCCAAAAAUGGAGGGUCCAGAUGUUGAUAUUAACCUUCCUAAAGCUAACAUUGAUGUGAAAGCACCUGAAGUUGACAUCAAAAGUCCAGAGUUUGAUAUCAAAAAGCCUAAAGGUGGGUUUGAAGUGCCUAAAAUCAAAAUGCCAUCAAUGUCAGGACCAAAACUGCCUGAUUUGGAUAUGAGUCUAAGUGGGCCCAAGAUAAAGGGAGAUGUUGAUGUGUCACUUCCAAAGAUUGAGGGUGACAUAAAAGAUCCCAAAGUCGAAAUCGAAGGACCAGAUAUUGACAUCGAGGGCUACAAAGGAGGAGUCAAAAUGCCUAAAAUGACAAUGCCAUCAUGGAACAUUAAAGGUCCUAAAAUGGAGGGUUCAGAUAUUAAUGUAAACCUUCCCAAAGCCAACAUUGAUGUGAAAGCUCCUGAUGUUGACAUUAAAGGACCAGAUUUGAACAUUGAGAGUCCAAGUGGUAAAGUCAAAGGAGCCAAGUUCAGCAUGCCAAGCAUUUCAGGACCCAAACUUAGUAUGCCAGAUGUGAAUUUCGGCCUGAAAGGGCCCAAAGUCAAGGGGGAUGUUGAUGUGUCAGUUCCAAAGAUUGAGGGUGACAUGAAAGCUCCCAAGGUUGAUAUCAAAGGACCCGAGGUUGACAUCGAGGGCCACAAAGGAGGAUUCAAAAUGCCUAAAAUGUCAAUGCCAUCGUGGAACAUUAAAGGUCCUAAAAUGGAGGGUCUAGAUGUUGAUGUAAACCUUCCCAAAGCAAGCAUUGAUGUGACCGCACCUGAAGUUGACGUCAAAGGUCCAGAGUUUGAUGUCAAAGGGCCAAAGGGUGGAUUUGACAUGCCUAAAAUCAAAAUGCCAUCAUUUGGCAUGAAAAGUCCAAACAUGGAGGGUCCAGAUGUUAAUAUAAACCUCCCCAAAGCUAACAUUGACCUGAAAGUCCCUGACGUUGACAUUAAAGGACCAGAUUUGAAUAUCGAGAGUCCAAGUGGUAAAAUUAAAGGAGCCAAACUCAAUAUGCCAAGCAUUUCGGGACCCAAACUUAGUAUGCCGGAUGUGGAUUUCGGCCUGAAAGGGCCCAAAAUAAAGGGAGAUGUUGAUGUUUCAGUUCCAAAUAUUGAAGGUGACAUAAAAGCUCCCAAGGUUGAUAUCGAAGGACCCAAUGUUGACAUCAAGGCACCUGCAGUUGACAUCAAAGGUCCAGAGUUUGAUAUCAAAGCGUCAAAAGGUGGAUUUGACAUGCCGAAAAUCAAAAUGCCAUCAUUUGGUAUCAAAGGUCCAAACAUGGAGGGUCCAGAUGUUGAUAUAAACCUUCCCAAAGCUAACAUUGAAGUGAAAGCACCUGAAGUAGACAUCAAAGGUCCAGAUGUAAACAUUGAAAGUCCAAGUGGUAAAAUCAAAGGAGCCAAAUUCAGCAUGCCAAGCAUUUCAGGACCCAAACUUAGUAUGCCAGAUGUGAAUUUAGGCCUGAAAGGACCCAAAAUAAAGGGAGAUGUUGAUGUGUCAGUUCCAAACAUUGAGGGUCCUAAAAUGGAGGGUCCAGACUUUGAUAUCAACCUUCCCAAAGCUAACAUUGAUGUGAAAGCACCUGAAGUUGACAUCACCGGUCCAGAGUUCGAUAUCAAAGGGCCAAAAGCUGGAUUUGACAUGCCUAAAAUCAAAAUGCCAUCAUUUGGUAUCAAGGGUCCAAAUAUCACAGGUCCAGAUGUUGAUAUUAAGCUUCCCAAAGCUAACAUUGAAGCACCUGAUGUUGACAUCAAAGGUCCAGAGAUUGAUAUCAAAGGGCCCAAAGGUGGGUUUGAUAUGCCUAAAAUCAAAAUGCCAUCAAUAUCAGGACCCAAGCUGCCAGAUUGGGACAUUAGUCUGAAAGGACCCAAAAUAAAGGGUGAUGUCUCAGCUCCGAAUGUUGAGGGAGAUUUAACAACUCCUGAACUUGAGAUCAAAGGUCCUAAAUUGGACAUUGAAACAACAGAGGGUCAGUUUAGUGGGCAAAAGAUGAAGUUACCAAAGAUAUCUGGACCAAAAAUAUCAUUGCCAGAUGUUGACAUCAAUCUGAAGGGGCCAAAGUUGAAGGGUGACUUGAAAGGAGAUGUUCAACUUCCAAAAGCUGAACUUGAGGGACCAGAUGUUACAAUUGAUGUUCCGGAAAUAGGCACAAAGAAAACUAAAUUUAAAAUGCCAAAGUUUGGAUUUAAGGGCUCAAAGAUAAAAGCCCCAGAAGCUGACUUGAAAAUGGUUAAAGGGGAUAUCGGCAUCAAGGGGAAGACUGGUAGCUCUGAAGAUCUUGACCUUGGAUUGACUGGUCCCAAAACUAAAGGAUCAAAAUUCAAGAUGCCAAAAUUUGGUUUCAAAGGCCCAAAGGUUGAAAUGCCAGAAGUUGAUAUUAAUCUUCCUAAAGCUGACAUUGAAAUAAAAACCCCAGAUGUUGACAUUGAAGGACCACAUGUUAAAAUUGAGAAUCCAGAUGGCAAAGUAAAAGGAGCAAAACUCAAAAUGCCAACUAUCUCAGGACCAAACAUUUCCAUGCCAAAUGUGGAUUUCAAUCUGAAAAGUCCGAAACUCAAAGGUGACAUGGAUGUAUCGUCUCCAAAGAUUGAAGGAGACAUAGCAAUACCUGAAGUCAACAUCAAAGGUCCAGAGUUUGAUAUCAAAGGCCCUAAGGGUGGAUUUGACAUGCCUAAAAUCAAAAUGCCAUCCUUUGGCAUUAAAGGUCCAAAGCUAGAGGGUCCCGAUGUUGAUAUAGACCUUGCCAAAGCAAACAUUGACGUACAUGCACCUGACAUUGAUCUCAAAGGGCCGGAUGUUGAUAUUGAAGGCCCUGAUGCUAAAUUCAAAGGACCUAAAAUCAAACUGCCCUCUAUAUCAGGACCCAAACUGCCAGAUUUGAAUAUGAGUAUGAGUGUGCCCAAAAUAAAGGGAGAUGUUGAUGUGUCAGUUCCAAAGAUUGAGGGUGAGAUGAAAGCUCCCAAGCUUGAUAUUGAAGCACCAAAUGUUAACAUUGAUGGCCACAAAGGAGGAUUCAAAAUGCCUAAAAUGACAAUGCCAUCAUGGAACAUUAAAGGUCCAAAAAUAGAGGGUCCAGAUGUUGAUAUAAACCUUCCCAAAGCCAACAUUGACUUGAAAGCACCUGAAGUUGACAUCAAAGGACCAGAUUUUAACAUUGAGAGUCCAAGUGGUAAAAUCAAAGGACCCAAAUUCAGCAUGCCAAGCAUUUCAGGACCAAAACUACACAUGCCAGAUGUUGAUUUCCGUCUCAAAGGCCCCAAAAUGAAGGGAGAUGUUGAUGUGUCAGUUCCAAAGAUCGAAGGUGACAUAAAAGCUCCCAAAGUUGACAUUGAAGGACCAAAUGUUGACAUUGGGGGCCACAAAGGAGGAUUUAAAAUGCCUAAAAUGUCAAUGCCAUCAUUAAACAUUAAAGGUCAAAAAAUGGAGGGUCCAGAGGUUGAUAUAAACCUUCCCAAAGCUAACAUUGAUGUGAAAGCACCUGAAGUUGACAUCAAAGGUCCAGAGUUUGAUAUCAAAGGGCCAAAGGGUGGAUUUGACAUGCCAAAAGUCAAAAUGCCAUCAAUAUCAGGACCCAAACUGCCAGAUUGGGAUAUGAAUCUCCGUGGGCCCAAAAUAAAGGGCGAUGUUGACGUGGCAGUUCCAAAGCUGGAGGGUGAGGUAAAAGCUCCAAAAGUUGAUAUCGAAGGACCAGAUGUUCACAUCGAGGGCCACAAAGGAGGAUUUAAAAUGCCUAAAUUUAAAAUGCCAUCCAUUGGGCUAAAAGGACCAAAUGUUGAACGGCCAGAAAUUGAUGUCAGCCUGCCAAAAGCUGAUAUUGAUGUCCAUGCCCCUGAGUUGGAUAUCAAAGGGCCAGAUGUGGACAUUGUGAGUCCAAGUGGUAAAAUCAAAGGACCCAAAUUCAGCAUGCCAAGCAUUUCAGGACCCAAACUUUCCAUGCCAGAUGUGGAUUUCCAACUGAAAGGUCCAAAAAUAAAGGGUGAUGUGAACAUGUCAGUUCCAAAGAUUGAAGGUGACAUAAAAGCUCCCAAGGUUGAUAUCGAAGGACCAGAUGUUGACAUAGAGGGCCACAAAGGAGGAAUUAAAAUGCCUAAAAUGUCAAUGCCUUCAUGGAACAUUAAAGGUCCAAAAAUGGAGUUUCCAGAUGUUGAUAUUGACCUUCCCAAAGCUAACAUUGAUGUGAAUGCACCUGAAGUGGACAUCAAAGGGCCAAAAGGUGGAUUUGACAUGCCUAAAAUCAAAAUGCCAUCAUUGAACAUUAAAGGUCCACAAAUGGAGGGUCCAGAUCUUGAUAUAAACCUUCCCAAAGCUAAGAUUGAUCUCAAAGCUCCCGAAGUUGACAUCAAAAGUUCAGAGUUUGAUAUGAAAGGGCCAAAAGGUGGAUUUGACAUGCCUAAAAUCAAAAUGCCAUCAAUUUCAGGACCCAAACUGCCAGACUGGGACAUAACUCUGAGUGGGCCCAAAAUAAAGGGAGAUGUUAAUGCAUCAGUUCCAAAGGUUGAGGGUGAAAUCAAAGCUCCCAAGGUUGAUAUUGAAGGACCAGAUGUUGACAUUGAGGGCCACAAAGGAGGAUUUAAAAUGCCUAAAUUUAAAAUGCCAUCGUUUGGGCUGAAAGGUCCAAAUGUUGAAGGGCCCGACGUUGAUGUCAGCCUCCCAAAAGCUGAUGUUGAUAUUAAAGCCCCUGAUUUGGAUGUCAAAGGACCAGAUUUUGACACUGAGAGUCCAAGUGGUAAAAUCAAAGGACCCAAAUUCAGCAUGCCAACCCUUUCGGGGCCUAAACUUUCCAUGCCAGAUGUGGAUUUACACCUUAAAGGGCCCAAAAUGAAGGGAGAUUUUGAUGUGUCUGUCCCAAAGAUUGAGGGUGAUGUGAAAGCUCCCAAGGUUGAUAUUGAAGGACCAGAUGUUGACAUUGAGGGCCACAAAGGAGGAUUCAAAAUGCCUAAAAUGACAAUGCCAUCAUGGAACACUAAAGGUCCAAAAAUGGAGGGUCCAGAUGUUGAUAUAAACCUUCCCAAAGCUAACAUUGAUGUGAAAGCACCUGACGUUGACAUCAAAGGUCCAGAGUUUGAUAUCAAAGGGCCAAAGGGUGGAUUUGACAUGCCUAAAAUCAAAAUGCCCUCAUUUGGCAUUACAGGUCCAAAAGUGGAUGGUCCAGAUGUAGAUAUAAACCUUCCCAAAGCAAACUUUGAUGUAAAUGCUCCUGACAUUGCUCUUAAAGGGCCCGACAUUAAUAUUGAAGGCUCUAACGCAAAACUUAGAGGACCCAACAUCAAAGGUCCUGCAAUAAAGGGAGAUGUGGAUGUGUCAGUUCCAAAGAUUAAGGGAGACAUAAAAGCUCCCAAGGUGGAUAUUGAAGGACCAGAUGUUGAUUUAAGCCUUCCCAAAACAAAUAUUGAUGUGAAAGUACCUGACAUUGAAAUGAAAGGACCAGAGAUUGACAUUGAAGGAGCUAAUGCAAAACUGAAAGGGCCCAAAUUCAACAUGCCAGAUAUGGAUUUCAAUCUGAGAGGUCCCACACUCAAAGGUGAUGUGGAUGCAUCAAUGCCAAACAUAGGGGGAGACAUACAAACCCCCAACAUUGACAUUAAAGGUCAAGAGGUCAAUUUGAAAGGGCCUAAGGGUGAAUUUGAAAUGCCUAAACUGACAAUGCCAUCUUUUAACAUUAAAGGUCCAAAAGUGGAGGGUUCAGAUGUUGAUAUUAAACUUCCCAAAGGAAACAUUGAUGUUAAAGCACCUGAUGCUGAUAUCAAACUAAAAGGGCCUAAAGUCAAAGGAAAGAUGGAUGCAUCACUGCCCAAAUUUGAAUCAGAUAUCAAAGGUCACAAUGCUAACAUUGCAGGACCCACCAUCACCAUGGAAGGUGUGUCUAUUGAUCCUUUAAAGACAGGUGUUACAUUUCCCAAGUUCAAAGGUCCUAAGUUUGGAAUGAAAUCCCCAGAAGUAGAGGGGAAGACACCCAUGUUCAGUGUGGGAGCAAAAGGUUCCAAAACAGAAAUUAGUCUUCCAGAUACAGAAGCAAAUCUUGAUGCCUCUGACAUUGAUAUUAAUGUAAAAGGGAAAACAGGGAAAUUCAAACUUCCUAAAGUCAAAGGAAAGGCAAAGAAGCCUGAUGUUCACAUAGAAACACCAGCAGUAGACCUGGAUGUAGACUCUCCCAAUAUUCAUGCGAAAGGAACAAAGGUAAAGAAACCGCUUUUUGGUAAGCUUCAUUUCCCUGAUGUGGAAUUUGAUAUCAAAUCACCAAAAUUGAAAACUGAUGGAUCUAUUUCAGAGGGAUUCAAAUCACCUGACAUAGAUUUUCCAUCUGCUAGCUUGAACACCACUAUUGAAGGAUCUGGUAUUGACAGUCCAAAUGUUCAUUUGGGAGGGAAAGAUAUAAAAUUAAAGACUCCCAAUAUUAAAAUGCCAAAUGUGAGUGUGUCUACUCCUGAUACUGAUACAAAUCUAAACAGACUAGGAGAGGCAAAUGUGUCUGCAGGUUUUAAAGGCCCAAAGGUAAAUGUGAAAGGUGGUGCAGAGAUUGAUGCAAGUGGUUCAGGGGGCAGUGCAAGUGGUGACCUUCAUUACCCAGAAGGUACUGUAUCAUUUCCCAAAAUCAAAGUACCAAAAUUUGGUAUUGCUCUGCCUCAGAUGGAAGGCCAGGGAGCUGGAGGGAAUGUUGAAUCAGCUAAAGGAGGCAUACAAAUACAGUCUCCAUCUGUUAGUUGCCAAGUCAGCGGACAGAAUAUUGAGGUUCCCAGUCCAGAACUGAGGCAAAGAGAAGGUAAAGUAAAGGGAAAGAUGCCAAAACUGUUUGGCAACUCAAAAGCAAAAGGCAGUAGUGCAGAUGAUCUUCGGGGACCAAAGGUAGAAUUGAGUAAGGCACAUACUGCAGAAUUGACGGGUGGAAAAUUAGAAUUGGCGGGGGAUCCUGGGCUCAGUAUGUCAACUAAAGGCAAGUCAGCCUCACUGGAUCUAUUUCAGAAAUCAAGGCAUCUGUCUUCUUCUCUGCAUGAUGAGGGAGGGCUUGGAGUUAGUUCUCCAUCUCACUUAGAAGCUGAGGGUGGCGACAUUUCAUUAGACCUAGGAGGAAGCAAGGUCAAAGGAAAGAAAGGCAAGUUGAAGUUUGGCACCUUCGGAGGUUUUGGUUCAAAGUCAAAGGGCUCAUAUGAGGUGUCACUUGGUGAGGAGGGUGAGGCAGGUGCAGGUGUUUCUCUUCCCUCUAAAAAGUCGAGAUUGUCUUCAUCUUCCAGCAGUGACAGUGGUUCAAGAGGUGGUUUCAGGUUCCCAAAACUUGAACUAUCUGUUUCACCAAAAAAAUGAUUAAUUAUGAGGUAAAUUAAACAUUCUCAUGUACCCCCAAAUACACUCUCCUAAUAUGCCAUCUAUAGACCUUUAAAACCUAAGGGGACGUAAAAAGUAAUCUCAAAAUGAGCAGUUCUUUUUUCUGCUUUUUCUAAAAGAGUGCAUGAGAUUGUUUAAAAUCCCUUCAAACUGUAAAUAAGAUGAAUUUGUAUUGUAAUAAUAAAUGUUUUUGUACAUAGUCCAGAUUUAUUGAACAUAUGCCAUCUUACCAAAUUUUCAUGAAUAGUUUAUUACAGGGUUUGUCAUUUUGUCCUAUUUCAUUCUAUUAAAUGAAUUUUUAUAAAUGAACGGGUGUGGUAUAUUUGUAUUCAGGGGUCUAUUGCACAGGACAGAUUGUUAAAAUAGUUAUUUUGAAGGAAAAUGUUGUUUGUACAUCCAGACAAAUAUAAACAGUUUUUUUUCUGAAUGAAAUUAUUUUAUUUUCAAGUUUUAUAGUAAUCAGUGCCGGAGCAUAUUAAGGCAACAUAGAGCUGGCCCCUUGUAACACAUUCUAAAGAUGAAUGGUGUUGUAUACAACAUAAUUGCAAAGACAAUCACUGUUUGGAAACCACCAACUCGCUGAAGUGCUGUCAGUAUGUUUCUGUUCAUAUUUUAAGAAACCUUAUUCUGUGACAUUUACCAAAAUACGCAUUGUUUCAUUAGUUUUUAACAUGUUUUGCUUCCUAAUCCUCUCAUUUACAUUUGACCUGUUUUAUGAUAUUCUGUAUUUUAUUUUUCUGUCACUCUUUCUUUGUACACACACAUUAUGAUAAUGUUAACAAAAUCACAAAUAAACUGUCACCUUUUUUGAUUGCAAGAAUCUGAGUUGAUAGUGAGUUGCAUAGUUUUGAUCAGAUAUGAUGGAGAUAAAGCAUGAUUCUUUGGGUCUAUUUUUUUGUGUGCAUUUUGCCAAAUAAACUAAACAAUACGAU